CCGGGCAGCCCCCGCUGGGGUCCUGCGGCCAGCUCUGUCUCUCGGUGCUUUCUGGGAAUCGCUCUUUCCGCAGUCAGCCCUGGGACAGGCAGGAUGGGUGAGUGUCUCGCUCUCUGCUGGCGGAUCGGCCUGCCGUGCUCGGCGGGGAGACCCUCGGGGGGAGGGGUGCUGGCAGACACGGCAGGGAGUGUCAGGACAGUCCGAGGCCGCCGGAGCUCAGACUGUGACCGGCAGGGGGGAGAGUCAUACCACGAGGCGGCCAGGGGUACACAGAGCGGCCAUGAUGGGCCCAGGCUGCCUCCUGAUCUGGGGCCAACACAUGGCCUGCUGGCUGGAAUCCCCACACUCUCCAUUAUCCCAAGGCCUGCUGGCUGGAAUCCCCACACUCUCCAUUAUCCCAUGGCCUGCUGGCUGGAAUCCCCACACUCUCCAUUAUCCCAUGGCCUGCUGGCUGGAAUCCCCACACUCUCCAUUAUCCCAUGGCCUGCUGGCUGGAAUCCCCACACUCCCCCAUGGCCUGCUGGCUGGAAUCCCCACACUCCCCCAUGGCCUGCUGGCUGGAAUCCCCACACUCCCCGUUAUCCCAUGGCCUGCUGGCUGGAAUCCCCACACUCUCCAUUACCCAUGGCCUGCUGGCUGGAAUCCCCACACUCCCCCAUGGCCUGCUGGCUGGAAUCCCCACACUGAUAGGAGGACACUGAGUGAUCUGAACCAGGUCUUCUAAUGCUGCCACUAAUCUAGCCAGCAUGCAAGCUAUGUCCUCCCUGCUGGAUAGUGCAGGCCAUGGGGGUUAUUACCUUUUCGACAUGGAGUAUUAUUGCCUUUUUAGAUCAGAUGGCUGGUACUAAGAAUAUACAUAUAUUUUUUUGGUUUUGUCCUUAUUGGCUUGAUUGUGCAGGAAUGUGUUGAAAUGUAAGCUUGUGUUUUUUGUUCUGCUGUAUUGGGCUAUUAUAUAGGAUCAGGCAAAUACUGUGGGCAGUUUGGUUAGUAUAAAAUUACUAAUCUAGAUCUAAAAAAAAAAAAAAAAAAAAUAUAUAUAUAUAUAUAUAUAUAUAUAUAUAUAUAUAUAUAUAUAUAUAUAAUAUUUAUUUUAUUGCGAUUAGCCUUAAUUUGUCUUAUAGAAAUAACAAUGUAGCAUUGUAGGUGGUGAUUGCCCAGAUGCAUGCAUUAGCAGGGCUAUGGACAAAAUAGUGGGAAUUGACACUGAAUUUCAGGUUUUAUGCACAGUUGACUCUGGGACGUUUCACAAUUUUGGCUCAUACUACUUAUUUAUUUUGGCCUAAAACGUGAAGAUUGUUUUGAAUUCCUCACAGGUUCUAUUUUGCUAAAUGUUGCAUAUACAGACUCCAGGCACCAUGAUCACUUUAAAACUGUAAAGGUAUGUUGCUUGGAGUAGCUCUAAGUUUACAAACUUUGCUGGGGUUUUUCUUUUUUUAUUAUUGUUUAUCAUGGUUUUAAAGUGGUCAUGGUGCCUAAAUCAACAUUUAGCUGUGAAUUGCUGCACAUACAGUUUUACUCUUCUGUUGCAAGAGGUGUAACUCCAUUUUUUGGCUGUGUCUUUGGGGUGUAAUUAGCCAGCAGAGAACAAGAGUUCCUGGUGGCUAGUGUGAAUCCUGUGCAAAUUUGGUGUAUGACAAUUUGAUGGUUACUGUAGUGUUAGACUCAAAACUACCUAAUACAGCAAAGUGAGCUCAGUUGGAAAACCGCUUUAGAGGAAUACUAUAGACACCAAAUCAUCCUUAGUUUGUUAUCCUUGUAAGUCCAAAGGAACUGGAAAGGGAGAGUUAGUUAUAUACUAAAUAGAUCAAUGCAUUAUUCUACAACAUGGAUUUUAACAUCUUAUUUUGUGCACAUUGUAUAAUUUACCAUGUAUUUUUUUUAAAUUUUUUUUUUUUUUUCAUAGGCAAGUGCCGUGGUCUUCGUACAGCUAGGAAGCUCCGCAACCACCGCCGUGAGCAGAAGUGGCAUGACAAGCAGUACAAGAAGGCAAAUUUGGGAACUGCUCUGAAGGCUAACCCUUUUGGAGGUGCUUCCCAUGCCAAAGGAAUUGUCCUUGAAAAAGUGUAAGUAGCUCAGUUUGUUCUGGUUAUACCUGUAUAGAGCCUCUACAACAGAUUACCCAUUUAAUGUCGAUGUUGGUAAACUCCAAUUAUUGGUGUUCUGACCAAUAGCUGAUCAGAUGGAGGUAGAUGCAAUCUCAUAUGUCUUGUCAAGGAUGUGUUCACUCAAUGUUCAUAAGUUAGGUAGUCUCCUUUUCGUUUAUAUCACAGCUGUCUUGGCAUUAACUAAGUCCCAAUUAAUGUUAAUUUCCAAUGUAAGUAUAGGCAAAGCUGUCAUAAUUCAUGUUGGUGACCCUUUAAAUACCACCCGUAAAAUAAAAGAUCUGUUUUUAGUAACUAAUAGUUUGGGUUUAUAGCACAAUUUGCACCAUAGCUGUUUAAUGUUGGCUGCUGGUUUAAAAUUAUAGUGCUUGCGUUACUAAAGUGGCAUAGUUUUUUGCAAUAUUGUUCUGGAAUGGAGGGUGGAAUCUCUUUGCACUGCCAAAUUCUUACAAUUUUGUAAGAUGCUAUAGUCACCACUUUGUUUUGUGUAUUCUUUGAUUGCGUUAAAAUUUCAAAGGAAUUCCAAAGCUGUUAAGAAGACUUUAAAACAAAAAACACUUUAUGAAAAACUGACAGAACUGUGUUAUGUUCCGAGUCAAGCUGGACUCUAGGAAUUUCACUGAGUUGAUAAUGCUGCAUUAUGUUGGUACUUUUAUAGAUGAAUGAAAUGGCAUUGUAAAGCGCUCUAAAUACUAACUUCUAUUGGCAUUAAACUCACAAGCUUCCAUUGAGAAGGAAAAUGUUAGCUCACUAUAUUAAAGUUGAUAAUUGUUUUAAAGGACCACUAUAGGCACCCAGACCACUUCAGCUUAAUGAAGUGGUCUGGGUGCCAGGUCCAGCUAGGGUUAAAACGUUUUUUUUUGUUUUGUUUUGUUUUAUAAACAGAGCAGUUUCAAAGAAACUAUGUUUAUGUAAGGUUAAUCCAGCCUCCAGUGGCUCUCUUGACAGCCGCUAGAGGCGCUUGCGUGCUUCUCACUGUGAAAAUCAGUGAGAAGACGCCAGCGUCCAUAGGAAAGCAUUGAGAAGAGGAGAGCUGCCUGCCCGGCUCUGGAGAAAGAGGCAAGUUUAACCCCUUCCUCUCCAUCCAGCCCGGUGGGUGGGGGUACCCUCAGGGCACUAUAGUGGUCCUUUUAAUCGUGCAUGAUAGUGGGCAUUUUUGUGAAUUUUAAUAAUUUUUAUUGUAUUUUAUUCAGUGGUGUAGAGGCUAAGCAGCCUAACUCUGCUAUCAGGAAAUGUGUCAGAGUCCAGCUGAUUAAAAAUGGCAAGAAGAUCACCGCCUUCGUACCCAAUGACGGUUGCUUGAAUUUUAUUGAGGUAAGCAGCAAACCACUUUCCACCUCUUUCUUUGACCGUUUAAUUACUCUGGGAGUGCACUAGAGUUCAGUGCACUGUAAUGUUCCUUUAACUUUUAGAUCACAAUUGAUCUAUUCAGUUGCCUAUCAUUAAGCAAAAUAUAUAAAUGUUGUUCUGGCAUGUGGGUUCUUUGUCUAACUGUGAUUUUCCUGGUGCUAGAAAGCUAAUACUGUAAUUCUGCUGAUAAUCCCAGUUAAAUCUUUCCGUUGGAGACAGACGUCGUAAUAAAUAAUCCUAGUGUGGAUUUCCAGCACAUGUAUUAGAACAUCCUGCAGGUAUAUUUAUUAAAUGCAUGUGUACCUAUAUUUUUAUUACAUAAUGGCAUGUGAUGUAAUUAUGUACAAUAAAAGUAUGAUGGGUAUGAUUUAGCAGUCUUUAAUAUGUUUGCAGAAAACGCAAAUCACUAUUAAAGCAGCUCUGUUGCCCCAAAGUAGUUUAUUCACUAAAUUCUGAAUUCUAGCUUAUUGAAAUUCAAAUGGCAAAAGUAACCCAAAUGCUUUUUCUGAAUACAUUAUCCAACUUGCAAGGCUAUUUUUUGCCGUUUGGACUUGCUCCAACCCUUCUUUGGGGACACCAUUUUCUAUGUAAAAUGCCAUAUUGGACACUAUUAUGUCUUCUAUUUUUACCUGGAUUACAGCAAUGGACGAAGCUCCCAACACUGCUUUCCAUGCCCCUUCGUGGCAUCAGCCAGGAUGAUUGGACCAUUUUGUGACACUGAGUCCAUGCACACAAUCUGUAACUAAUGCAGAUAUUUCAAGCAAAAACUCUACACUCCUACCACCAUGGCUACUUCAAAUUACAGAAGUUUUCUUGGUAUUUGGAGUAGAGUGAAUAAACACCUUUUGUCAGAAUUGCACACUCCAUAGUUCUGUUUAUUUGUUCCUUAUACAGCUUUCUUCCACUGGCAUUUCUUGAUUUUUAUUUUUAUAUUUCCCCCAGGAAAACGAUGAAGUUCUUGUUGCUGGAUUUGGUCGUGCUGGUCAUGCCGUUGGUGAUAUUCCUGGUGUCCGAUUCAAGGUUGUGAAAGUAGCCAACGUGUCACUUUUAGCCUUGUACAAAGGCAAGAAGGAGAGACCCAGAUCAUAGACCUGUUAUCCCGUCAAGAUGUUUAAUAAAAAUUCUUUCACAACAUAAUGUAUCAUGUCCCUUAUUAACAAGUAUGUGAACCUAAAAUUUUGUCAAUGACUGCAGGGUUGCAACUAUACACAUUCAGGUACUAAAAUGGAUUAUAG